AUGGCGGAUAUUAAUGCGAACAACUUCUAUCAUGAUGAUGGCCCUCCCAUUCUUGUAGACAGGAGAGCUGAUCUCUACGCUGAUGUUGCCUUUGAUCCCUCCAGGAUGGCUACCCCUACUACUGCAGAAGGUCCCGAUUCAGAUUCACCGAAUUCUCAGGAAGGUAGUUUUCACUCACUUCAUUCACUCUCGAUUGCCACUUCUGAAAGGUCUGAGUUGUUAGCUAAUGAUUACAUUAAUGAUGCUGAAAGAUUGUUUCACAUGCCUGAUUCAUUUUAUGAUAUACCAAAUGUUUCCCCCUCUGUUGCUAUGUUAGAUGUUUCUGAUUAUGUCCCGGAUAAUGUCAUCCCAAAUGUGCCUGAUUACCCCAAUGCAUAUGUAUUCCCUAUUUCUGUAUUUCAUGGUAUCUACUCGAGUGUUGUUGAGUCUGAUAAUAUUAAUGCACAGCACAGAAGGGAUUGUAGUAGAAGUAUUACAUGUGCAUAUCGGUCUUCUGUACCUGUUUUCUCUACUGAUAAAUCUGUUGAUUCAAGGAUAGGGGCUACUACAGUUCUGAAAGUUGGCAAAAGGACUUUCAAGAAAUUUUCACCACAAGCUAAGGAAGAAACUGAAGAAGGCCAGAAAGUUAGGGAUCUUCAAGGAACCCUCUCAACAGCUAGCCCAACAAUAGAUCUCUGCCUGGCUGACUCUGAUGAUUCCUCUGAUGAUUCCAUUCAUAGCAGGAAAAGGUCUUCUGAUCACUCUCAAAAAGGACAGGGAAGGCUUGAGAAAAAGAGAGCUUGCUCCGGAGCCAACAAGGCAAUUCAACAUGAUCAAGACUUUUAG